UUACACUUUAUCUUUUUGCCAAUCAUAACAUUGAUUUUAAUGAAGAUGCUGGUUGAACAACCAAUGCACUUUUUGUUUACUCCUUAGCAGUUACCAGAGUUUAUCAGGUUCUUCUCUGCCGAUAAAUGAUCAUCUACAUCAUCAAAUGGGAAAAGCUCUUGUUUAAAUAUUACUAUCUCCCUUUCAAACCGCAAAUUUCUUAAUCCAUCGACCCCAUUUCAAAUGAUCGCCACACUCUUGUUCAUGUGUAUAAUACCAUGAGAAGAUACAGGAUGUUGGUGACACUAGAUUAGAGUGAGACUUGGAGAGAUUCCGUCACGGUAGAUCUAGAUUGCCUUCCUUCUAGAUUGCCUUCCAUCUUCUGCAUCAUCUGGCAUUCAUCCAUACUAGUGCUGUGAAGUCACAAGUCAACCCGAACAAAAACAACCACAAAGGGAUAAACACGUAGUAAUAAGACACAUUUAUGAUAUUUUCCAGCUUGGCGGCUAGCACGAUAAGGAAUGCCAGGCUUGAGCAAGCCAAUGUAAAAAUCCAAACCUUUCGCUUCAAGCUAACACUGUUUGCGUCGAAUCCAUUUUUCAGAUGCUGAAUAAAUCUGAGGACGACGUAGGCGAGGAGAAUGAAAUCAAACAGAAAGAAAGGAAUAAGGAUGAAGAACCAUGUCCAAUCCGUUUGUCUGUCGAGACGAAUAAUGAGAAAGAUUAAAAACGGCAAAGCUACGAACCAAAUCGACCAGAUGCGAUGCAAGCGUGCCAUCUUGUUUUUCUUUCGGCGCGAUCAAGGGGGGCUGGACAUGACCCGAUAACUUUCCGAAAUUCAUCCGAUCAAAAAAUACAUUCAAAAUUAUCCAAGAUAAGACAAUGAAGACGACGAUGCACUUUCACUAAAACAUGUUACUACCAUGCGUUUGAUUCUGUUAGUUUUGUUUGUAUAAUGAGAAAAGAAAAACCCAACAAUUCCUGAAAAAAAUCGUAUGGAUCCGUCGGGAAGUCCGAACUUUUUGCGUGAGGUCGAGGCUAAAAACAUGGCGGCUUCGAAGAGAAACAGCUGACUUUCAGGUGGGAUUUAAAUUCACCUGAAAUUGACUCAGAAUGCAUAAAAAAAUCAGUCUGACUGGAGCUGUCUGAUACCCAAAAACAGCUUUACUUGGAGGGAUUUGUGUAAUACGUGUUUAUAUUUGAGAAAAAUGGCAACAAGCAAGGACGACGAAAAUCUCGUCCGACAAUGCGAGGAAGUCGAAGCCUUAUCUGCGAUCUACGGAGAAGAUUUUGCAAGCAUUGACGAGUCAAGCAGAAUGUACGAGAUACGAAUCAAAAGCGAAAACGAUCCUUUGUAUUCUCUUACUAUGCAACUACUACUACCCCCUCAGUACCCUAGUCAGGCACCCCCCGUAUUUGAGAUUCAUUCAGUUUGGAUGACUAGCGUUGAGAUGAGAGAAGCUAUGGAGGGGCUGUACGCCAUUUACAAGGAAAAUCAGGGGGAGAUCGUGCUGUAUCAGUGGGUGGAAAAGCUGAGGGAGAUGGUGGAUGAGAAAGUCAAGGAGAAACAAAAGGAGGAAACAACACGCACAGAAAAAAAGACAAUUGAAAGACCUGACACCUCCAUUGAAGUAUAUCCAACUGAUGACAAGGGUUUUGAGGAGACUACUAGCAAAGAUAACUCAGGAAGCAAAUUUGAUUACAACAGCAAAAAUGUGCUCGAUGCUUCUUCUAGUAUAGAAAUCAUCCACGGUGAACCAUUCACAGAAAGAAAAAGCACAUUCCAGUCUCAUUUGGCAUUUGUUACUAAAGAGGCUGAAGUAAGAGAGAUGUUACAUGAACUAAAAUUAAAUAAGAAGAUAGCCCAUGCAACACAUAAUAUAAUGGCUUAUAGAAUUUAUAAUGAAGAGAGAGAUGCAUUUAUACAAGACUGUGAUGACGAUGGCGAAUCUGCUGCUGGGUCAAGACUCCUGCACCUGUUAGAAAUUCUUCAAGUCAAAAAUGUAGUUGUUGUUGUAAGUCGUUGGUAUGGUGGAAUCUUGUUGGGCCCAGACAGAUUCAAACAUAUCAAUAACAGUGCUAGAGAGUUAAUUAAAUCUGUGGGCUUGCUAGAUAAGGAGGUGGACGAAGGCAAGGGUGGGAAGACUAAGGGGAAAGGGAAAAGCAAGAAGCACAAAUAAAAACUAUGUUAUUUGUUGUAUUCACAAGUCACACCAUGUAAUAUGAUAUUCACAUAAAGUAAUAAUGCAAUCCACGGAGUCUGGGUAAACCCCGAGAUUCGAGAGUAGAGAUUCAGAGGGCAAGACUCGAGACUGAGGGCCGAGACUCGAGACUGAAAUGCUGAGAGUCGAGACUGUUAGACCAAGAGUCGAGACUGAAAUGCUGAGAGUCGAUAGAGAUAUCUGAAAUCUUGAAAAUAUGAUUUCUGGAUUUCCAAAUUAGUUUUACUUUUUUCUCGCUAUAAAACAUUGCAUAGCCACAGCAUUUUAUGACAAUUGGAAGAAGACUUCGGUAUUCCACAUUUCAGUCUCGAGUCUCGACCCUCAGUCUCGAGUCUCGCCCUCUGACUCUCUACUCUCUGGGUUUACCCAGACUCCAUUCCACGACCGAGAUAAACAUUAUAACUAGCCUGCUCAACAUGGGCUAGUUGCAUGAAAGAUGGAAAAGCUGAGCUUAGUUAUGCGAAAAAACAAAGGCGAUAGUGAGCACAUUUCAAAGCUUAGCUUCUCCUUUCUUGCCCCAAUCUCCCUAUUCUAGGCCGAGCGCUACACCUAAUAGAACAGCUAAUUGGGCACACUCAUCUCAAAAGCAAUUUUGAAAGAACUAUGAUAAUUUAUUUCUUUGCAUAACACCUUUCAUCUCAAUAAUUUCCCAAUUUAUACUGAAUUUGCAUAUUAAGAGAUACACUUGUUUUUCUAAUAACAAUUUGACUCGAUGUAAGCAUAAAUCGAACUGCAUGCAUUAGACAUUUAAAUAAUAUGAAUUUAUUUGAUUUUUGAUGUGAAAGAAAAAUAAAUAGAAAUAGAAUUUGAUCUAUUAUGUACAAUUAAAAAUCUUUGAAUAAUGAA